AUGUCGCAGCAUUUAGGAGAACCUAGCUUACGUCACCGAAGCCGACAAGUUGACUAUGCCUCUAUUUACAAGACAUUAACAGCACAUGAAGUUAGAGAACGAGGAGAAGCAAAGGAAGAAGCAGACUUGGAAAGAGACAUCAGCCUUAUUAAUUCCUGGAUCAAGUUAGUCGAUGUCGAGGCUCUGGAACACAACCUCAAAAUAGCUUGUUUCAACGGCGAGAUCAACUCUUUCUUCGUGGAGCCCCUCGAAAUUCUUUUUCGGAACGUCAACCGAUUGAUCUGGCAACGUCGUCACACCUCAGAGGACGUUUUCACGACAGAAAAUACCGACGCAACUUAUUUGCCGCUCUUGCGCUGGAUUUUACUAUCGCACAGCAACAUAAACGUAUGGAAUAACUUCGCCCGACAAGCCUCGAAGAGUCUCAUCAAGCCGACGAGAAUACUUGGUGAAUCAGAUUCCAUCAAGUAUCCUCUCGAUGCACUUGAAGAGCUGCACGAUGCACUGCUAUACACUCUGAAAAUUCUCGAUGAAAAUGAGGAUUUCGAGAAACAAGGUGGGCCAUGGAUGACUGACCUGUUGCACUUGCCACGCCCUCUUCGGGAGUCCGAACUGUAUUCGACCUUCCACACCCAGAACUGGCACUACAUGAUCCUUUCCCCCGCUCGGCUGAGAAUUCAACUAGUGGAGGCUCAUGAUAUCAUUCACAUCUUGAUCGAUGAACGUGACAAUGAAGCUCGAGAAUCACGAACAAGUCGGGAGGGAAUCUAUCAAAGCCUGCUCGGGAUGGAGAACCCGGGCAACAUGCCAAGUAACAACUCGGCCCGACAAAACUACCGCCAAGCGGCAGCCCGGAGCCCCAAAUCUGAUGUCGCAGCUAAUGAGAGCAAUUCCUCACGAGCACAGUCUCGGGAGCUAGAGACUUCAACUUCAGCUCCGAAAGCAUCAGAGCUCAAUAUCGACGACAAGUAUGCUCAGCUUAUCAACGCGAUUGAUGUAGCGACACAAAAGCUACAUUCACUUACAGCACAGCUUGACUCUGCCAAUCAUCGUGGCCUUGAUCGCGGACAUUUGGCAGAUUCACAAGCUGAAUCUUAUCAAGUUGAUCCCUCAAGCCACCACUCAACCUAUUCUUUGCACGAGCGGCCAGGAGAGCCUCGCAUAGAGAUCCCAAGAGCAUCCACUGAAACAGAAAUCAAGAAUACGUCGCAAGAAACAGAAAAAGAACUUCGUGCCCAACAGGAGAGCGUUGGAAAGAUGUCGGCCACCGACAAUUCUCCCAGCCGCAACGAGGAUAUCAAUGAAGGAGAAAGUCCGGCUUCAAAAAGUGCAUUCACAUGCAGGCCUACUAGCCUUGAGAACGACGGAGAAAGUCCAGGUUUGGGAAGCACAUGUACACUGACGGGGACUACCCCAAGCGGGAGCUCAAGAGACGAAGAAGAUGAGUGCAGUUCUAUCAUCUACAACCCACAAGAAGAGUGUAGCGAUGCGUCGUCCUCUGUGCAUUCUGACGCAGAGGAUGACGGAAAUGAACGUGGAAGGCCCACGUCUCCGCGGAGCAUAACGCACACUGAGGGAAGCAACUAA